AUGGCUAGAACUCCAGAUAUUCACCUUUACACCACCCAAACUCCUAAUGGCAUCAAGAUAUCCAUCACUCUCGAGGAGCUUGGAUUGCCGUAUAAAGUCACGAAAAUCGACAUCACAAAGGAUACCCAGAAAGAGCCAUGGUUUCUAGCAAUCAACCCCAACGGACGGAUUCCAGCGUUGACGGACACUUUCAAGGACGGAAAGCAGAUCAACCUUUUCGAGUCCGGUGGUAUUCAGCAGUAUCUUGUCGAUGAGUACGACACCGACUAUAAGAUUUCCUAUCCGAAAGGAACAAGAGAAUACUAUGAAAUGAUCAACUGGCUUUUCUUUUUGAAUGCCGGAGUUGGUCCUAUGCAGGGACAAGCAAACCACUUCUCGAGAUAUGCUCCAGAGCACAUUGAAUACGGUGUCAAGCGCUACACAAACGAGACGCGCCGUCUUUAUGGUGUCUUAAACACUCACCUUGAGAAGUCAACUUCGGGCUACUUGGUCGGAGAUAAGUGUACUAUCGCAGAUAUUGCACAUUGGGGCUGGGUUGCUUCUGCCGGAUGGGCUGGUGUCGAAAUCAAUGAAUUUCCUGCCUUGAAGAAGUGGGAAGAACAAAUGGCCGCCCGCCCUGCCCUCGAGAAAGGUCGCCACGUGCCAUCUCCCCACACUAUCAAAGAGACCUUGAAGGAUCCAGAGAAGAUGAAGGCGAUUGCAGAGUCAAGCAAGGCGUGGAUCCAAUCCGGCAUGGCUGCCGAUGCUAAGAAGAAAUGA